GUGGAAGUGAAUCUGUGCAGAUUACAGGAAGUAAAGCAAACAUGAAAUCAAACCAUAAAAAGAACCAGAGGCGAGUAAUAAUAGCUGCUGUGUAUGAUUUACAAACGUACUGUUGAUCUGGAGGUUUGCAAACAAGUGCAGAUGGCAUGAAAGGAUUCAGCUAUAAAACACACACACACACACACACACACACACACACAUGUGUGUAUAUAUAGCGGUUCAUAAGAAAAUACUAUUUGCCGGAAGCAGAACAUCACAUGGGUGUCUAAUGCACCGAAUAACGGAGUGGCAUCUUUACUCGAUGAUAGAGACGAGCCACAUCUGUCAAACUGCAGAUUUUACAUCUGUUCUUCAUUUAUCAGAGUCUGUCAGAAUAACGUCAAAAUUAAGUUAAUUUCUUAAAGUGACAGUAAUUAAUUUCCCGAGGACGGUUGCUCAGCGCUGAGAAGCUCGGAUUGAAGGUAAUUGAAGGGUUUUAUUGUGCCCUCACAUGGACUGUUUUCUUUUUCUUUUCUUAUCGCUUUCGUUUCAGCCGAUGCAUCGCAGUUAAUCUGUUCGUUUGUCGUUUUACAGGAAAAAUUACAGAGACAUUUCCAAAGGUACGCCUGUAUAAUGAGAGGACGGGCUGGCUGCUGUUUGCUCUGAUCGAUAUGUAUCAGGGAGGGUUUGCUUUUUAAAAUCAAUGUAGUGUCAUAAUAUAAAACGGUGUAUGCAAAAAGAAAAAAAAGUAUUGAACAUCUGUACUGUUAUUGCUCAUUUCUGAAUCGCUUUGUCUGCUAAUGAAUAUAAUACAGAGAGUAACUGAGGACACGCCCUCUGAACAAUUACUAAUCAUACUGGCUAAUACUCAAUAAAAACAGAAACAUGUCUCUUUUUGCAAAUAAUGUCUCUUUAUGCAGUUAUCGUUCUGUGUAUUAUGUUAAAAGCCACAAAUAAUAUAGUCUCUUUGUUUUAUUUGGACAGACACACAGGAGUCUGGCAGCUAGACUAAUAUGUUUUUAAUAUCGUUAGGAUUUAUAAAAAUUAAGAUAACAUUUCAUGACCUUUACGCCUUUUGGAGAUCACAGAUUUCUUUGCAAACUGAUUAUGCUAAACUAUGUAAUCAACUAGAAUAAAUAUGCAUUUUUGUAUUAAAUCUAUCCAGUAAUUUCCCGUGGCUGCCUCUGGUGGACCACAGCAGUGAUCUUUCUCAGUGAAAUUUAUAAAACUAAUAUUUUCCUCAGAAGGACUUGUAUGCUCAAAUAAUAGAGCAUGGCGCUAGCAACAUCGAGAUCAUGGGUUCGAUUCCCAGGAAAAGCAAGAGCUGAUAAAAUGUAGAAACUGUAGCUUGAAUGCAAUGUAAGUCGCUUUGGAUAAAAGCGUCUGCUAAAUGCUUAAAUGUAAAUAUUAGUCAUAAUGGGCCACACCUAUGUCAAAUCAUAUCUGCAACAACAACAGAUCCAGAUUCUGUUGAUAACUUCUGCUCCAGCAUGGUCUGGUGCUGACAUGUGGGAGUUACAAAACAUAGGGUUUUUAUCAAAAUAGAAUAGUUAUGUUAUGUUAUAGAGCAACAUAAUGAUUAAUACAUGUUUGCAGUUAUCAGUCAAAAUGUAAGGUAGCUUAUUAUAGCAUCACCUUUGGCCUGUUUUCACAAAAUUCGAUACACACUUGUUUUCACAUGAUAUGAAAACAAUGUCCAUUUUCAUACUUGUGGACCAUUCAGAGUUUAUUAGCUCCUGAAAAUGUGCUGCUGGUGGCCAUGUUUGUUGGUUUGUUUGUUUAUUUAUUGAUUGAUUGAUUUUUAUUUUUUAUAGUUGAGUCAUCUUAGAAGAUAUGUUGCCCAACAAAGAAGAUUCAUACCAAUUUCAGACUUCACAGAUUAUUUAGUAACACCGUUAUUAAGGAAUUUUAAUUGUGAAGCCCCCUAUAGGUGCAAUUUUAGUUCAACUUGGCGAGCAUCCACAGAAUGUCAUGUGUAUAUUAAUAUAUUUUGUUGGGCUUGAGAAAAAAAAUAUGGUUUCUUGCCCUUAGGCUUUCAGAGUUAUGAUCCAAAAUGAAAAUUGCCUUCUUAUAGCGCCACCUAGUGUUAGACGGAUGCAUGUCUGGGCGCACGAGAUCCUGGGACCCUCCUGAAGACUGACGGUCUUUAAUGUCCAUUGACUUCUUUCGACAAAAUUCGCUGGACAAACUACACUCAUGUUUAGUUUUCUCUAGUGUUGCAGCCAGGCACGUGCACACAUAGACAUAAAAGGGGGCUUGAGCACCUGCCCUUUUUUCUGGGGAGUUUUUAUUUUUAUUUUUUUAAAUAUGUGUGCGUGUGUGUUUCUGUUUGCGCACAACUUUCCCUGUCAAACAAAUAAAAAAAAGAGGAAAUGUCAGGAAAAUGAGAAAAAUCUCAGGAAAUGAGAUUGUCGCGUUUCGAUGCCUCUCUCCCGUCCGCGUCUCGGCGCAGGCGCGCGCAGCACAGCAGUGUAGCUCACAUUAUUGAUCCGCGCAUGCACAUCACAGACAGAGGACCGCAGAAGUGAAGCCCACCCUUCCUCUCCAGUUGUGUUUGUCUUGGUGUGGAGGAGAGUGGUGAUAAACAAAAGACUAAGCUACCUGUGCCUCAAAUUAAUUAGCUAAUUAUCCAAAAGGUAAAUAUAGUUAAUUUGUCUUGCUAACAUAACUCACGAGAGAGCUACCGUGUAAACAAACAGUCCCCGCAGUGUCAGAGAUGGGAGGCGAUGCGCACCGCAGCCAGGGAGCCGCUCUGGAAUCAGCAGACUCUUGGGUCCGGUUUCACAGCUUUCUGCACGGCGGGACGUCGAGCCUGAUCUCCACGCUGACCACCGUCAUCACCUUCCCUCUGUACAAGACCGUCUUCCGGCAGCAGCUGCACAGCACGGCGGUGCGAAAGGCGGUGGCUCAGUUACUCAGCGAGGGUCCGGUGAAACUGUACCGCGGCGUGUUACCGCCCUUACUGAUGAGAUCCCUGAACGGGACGCUCCUGUUCGGCCUCCAGGACACCUUCCUGCAGCAGCUCCGGCUCUGGGACUGUGCUCCCAGCGCUGCUCGGCCGGCUCUGGCGGGUUUGGGUGCAGGUGUGCUGGAGGCCGUGCUCUUUACCCCAUUCGAGCGCGUGCAGAACGUCCUGCAGAACAGCAGGAAUGACUCCAGCCUUCCUACAUUAAGAAGCAUACUGUGCAAGCUAGUUUUGAGGCCGUUAGCGUCCGGAUACUACACUGCCUUCUUGCCCAUACUGGUCCGCAAUGCCUUAGGGAGCAGCCUGUAUUUUGGGCUGAAGGACCCCGUGUCUGAGACUCUCAGGGCUUGUGGCUGUUCUCCAGUAGCGUCCUCCUUCAUCACUGGUGUGUUGAACUCAGUGGUGAUCAGUCUGCCGCUCUACCCGCUCUCUGUGCUGGUGGCUAACAUGCAGGCUCAGGUGGACGGAGGACGCGGAGGGGUUAAAGGCAGCUGGCAGCAGCUUUGGGAUGCUCGUCAGCGCAGGCUGGCUCUUCUGUACCGUGGAGGAUCGCUGGUCAUCUUCCGCUCAUGCAUCACCUGGGGAAUCACCACUGCUAUAUACGACCAGCUGAAGAGGCACUCCAGAUGACCCCCAGAACCUCCAGAACGGCUCAGGUUAAUACUCAAUGCUGCUUUACUACAAACUUGAUGGAUUUCAGUUUGGCAGGGAUGUUAUUUACUGUAUCACCAAUUUGCUGAUGUAUGCACUGGUGCAAUAGUGAUGCAAGAUGUAUAAUGUAUAGCCAAUGUUAAGGAAUGAAGCUGUGCAGUUGCUCAGUUCUAUUAAAAUGUGAAACGAUC